AUGCAACCUAGCUGCGACACCGCCUCUAACGCCAAAACCAGCUGUAUAAGAGAGAGCCGAGAACAGUUCAGACCCUUCAGAACAAUAUCGGCGGUUUUCACUGUGUCAGGAUGUGACCCCAAGCGAGCCAGUGCCAGCAACGACCUAACUGCCUCAAGAGGUCCGAGCGUCCCGGAUCGUGAAUGCAGUUCCCGACAAAUCACAGCCACCGUAGAGGCGUCGACGCCAGCUUUGGCAGCUCCUGUUGCAAAGUUUGCAAGUGCGAUAUCGUCGAAGCUGGAUAUAUCUGCAACGGAUCUCGACACCAAAAGUCCCAGCAGCUCUUCGUCGCAGUGGCGCAAUCUGGACGGGGUGCGUGAAGUGGUACCACGAGUAAAGCGGGUCGUGGUGGAUCAUGGACUUGUUGUUGUGGUGAAUUUCGACAAGAGCCUUGGCCAGCUCCUCGCCGUGGCCCAUCUUGACGGCGAAAUUGUCAGCCUGGUACUCCCCGUAGCGCGUGAUGGUCGUACCGAUAAUGUGCAUCAACGCUCCAAGAGGGGUGUAAAUGCAACCGAAAAGGGUAAUUCCCACGAUGAAAGCACGUUCACCGUCAUACCCGAAGCUUUCGAACAUGGAAGCGUCGUCCUUGUAGAGCUUGAACAGGUAGAAGAUGGCAAACAGUUGCGAGAGGCUGUAUAUCAACAUCUUUGUGACAUGGUUGCACUUCCAGUGGCCCAUCUCGUGGGAGGUAAUGGCGAUAAUCUGCGACUUCGGCUGCUUGAGGAGCGUGUCGUACAUCACGAUCUUCUUGAACCACCACAGUCCGUAGAAGUACAUGUUGGAGUGGUUGGAACGCUUGGAGCCGUCCAUCAGCUUAAUCUCACGCAGCGGGAACUUAAGUUUCCCGGCAAGAUCCUCAAUGCCCUUCUUAAGUUCCUCGUCCUUCAGGGGCUCAAAUUUGUUGAACAGCGGGGCAAUCAGAUCAGGGUAGAUGAUCAUCAUGAACAGGUAGAAGAACGCCGCGAAGAGGCAGACCUAGCAACGUUUAAAAUACACAGCAUAGCAAACUUACGUAGACAUAGAACAAAUCGCCACCCCAGUUCACCAGGAAUAUUACGAUGCUGA